AACAAGGAAGUAGAGCUACAAGGAGCUAGCAAUUAAUGUGCGGAGACAGAAAAGAGCAGCAACAUUUGUGUUUCUAAUGUUCUGUUGUACAGCUCAGUGACAACAAGCCGUGAGAUAGCAAGGAAUUAAAAUAACACACGGCGGAUUAGAAGAGACGCAAAGAAACAUCAAGGAAACAAAGUUUCCACUUCAGAAAGGCUCUUUCAAAACCACCAUCCUUGUGGCCUGUACCCCACCCUCUCUCACUCUGUCAUGGAUGCAUCAGGGGGAUGCUGGAACAGCUGUCUGAAUGAGGAGGAUCUGCCUGAGAUGGAUGGCACGUGUGAUGCUUGUGAACCGGAUGAGCCUCAGCCAGCAGCUCAGGUUUGCACGCACUGUCGCUUCGCCUUCUGUAUCAGCCAUGCAAACAAACAUUCACAAAGCACUGGUCACCAGCUACAGCCGUACUGUCCCCCAGACCCUGAGUUAGACCCUCAGCCGCUGACAGAGAGUCAGGGGUCUGAAAUUGGAGCAGAGCGAGCAGAAGCUGUCGGCGGUGAGGACAAUCAACUGAAGGGGAAACGAGACACGGUGACGGUGGAGAGGCUUAAGUGUAAGCAGCACGGACAGGAGGGCUCACUCUACUGUAAACAUGAUGAGCGGAUCAUUUGUGUGGUGUGUGCAGUACAGGGAGAACACCGAGAACAUGAGAUCAUCACUCUCAAAGAUGCUUACCUGUGGCAGAAAAGCAAAGAAGGCAUUGACCUACUGGAACACACUCAAGAAAUAGCCGAGAAGAUCAAGGCCAAAUGGACCAGCCCGGAUAUGAGUACAGAUGAGCUGGAGCAGUACGUGAACCAGCAGUUUGAUGAGCUUCAAAGGUUGGUUCGGCUCGAGGAGUGGCGGGUGCUGCAUCUAGUAGAUCUAAAGGAGGCGUUCCUUACCGUUCAGGCUGCUGAGAAGAUUUCUGAGAUCAGCGUCCACACUGAACGACUGCAGGAGGAGAUGGACUCCAUCACACAGCAGCUGGGCGAACUGGAUCGGGCCGAGGAGAUCGGAGUCGCCCCUAUGUCCCUGGCCCCACUGCUGGCCGCCAGACCACCACCUCCUCCUGCAGCUCUCAUAGAGCACAGACCAUUGGAUCCUGAAAUGAGGCUAAGAGCUGCCAAUCAAAGGAGGGACCCUCAAGAUCCUUCAGUAGAUGAAGAGAGAGAAGAUGCAUACAUGGGACAUGCACCCUAAAACUAAUGGACAUUCUGUACCAUUUCUGCCAUUCUCCUUUCAAACAUCAUGGGAUAGAAGAUUCAAACUGAAUGCAACUGUGCUGAUGUCAUAGUAUCAUCAACCAAUUAUUGGAUACUGUGUUUUUACCUUGAAAUGAUUUCUUUUUUCUAAGAAGGUCAUGAAAUGAAUGCAGCAAAUUAGAGUCAAGCUCUGGCCUCAUGUACAACCAAAGACUUGUAACUCUGGGAAGGUGAGAAAGUUGGUUGAUUGAAAAUGAUUUUUGCUUUAGAGUAAAUUCGGCUUGUUCUUGGCUUGAAUAUGUUGCUUUGUGUGGGACACACAUUACUUUUGGUCAACAAAAUGUUAUAAAGAAUAUAUAUAUAUAUUUUUUUUAACCAAUCCAUUUUUCUCAUUGUUCUUCUGACAUUUGCAUAUAAUAUGUUUUCAUAUAGAACGCUGGUAAGAGUUUAAAAGUUUAAUCAUGCAUUUUAUUAUUAUUAUUAUUAUUUGUGGUUAGACAUAGUAGAUGAUGUGAUGUUAGGAGUAGCCUAGUUCAUUGUUUGGUGCAUUGUUUCUAGAUUUGCUGGCUACUUUUUCUUUAGUCAGAUAUCAGACAAAAUUUACAUCUAGGGACAUUUUCCACGGUCACUGAUGACAAGUAUACAGUGGUGCAAAAACCAACAACAGUUACAAACCUUGAGUUUUUCUGGCAUUUGUAUGUCUGGGCAAAUGAGUUUGGAAUUUCAAUGUUCCGACGUGUCCUGGAAAACCUAGAAUAUUGCAAAUCAGUUUUCCUGUCUUGGAAAAGUCAUAGAAAAUAAGAAAAAUACCUAAAUGUCCUAGAACAUACAGUGGCAAGAAGUAUGUGAACCCUUUGGAAUUAGCUGUUUUUAUACAUUAAUUGGUCAUAAAAUGUUAUCUCAUAUUCAUCCAAGUAACAAGUACAGACAAACACAGUGUGCUUAAGCUAACAACACAAACAAUUAUAAUCUUUCAUGUCUUUAUUGAACACAUCCCAUUAAACAUUCACUGUGCUGUGGAAAAAGUAAGUGACUCUUGGUUUUAAUAGCUGGUUGAUCCUCUGUUGGCAGCAAUAACCUCAACCAAGCAUUUCCAGUAGCUGCGGAUUAGACCUGCACAACGUUCAGAAGGAAUUUUGGACUAUUCUUCCUUACAGAACUGCUUUAGCUCAGCCAUAUUCUUAUUAUGUCUGGUGUGAACGGCUGUCUUAAGGUCAUUCCAUAGCAUCUCUUUUGGGUUCUGACUGAGUCACUCCAAAAGGUGGAUUUUCUUUUUUUGAUGCCAUUCUGAAUAGGCAUGUAACGAUACACGAAUUUCACGAUACGAUGCAUACCCUCACGAUACGAUACGAGCACCCACAAAUGUUCACUCAAACUUAUUCAAGGAUUCUACAUAAAUGUCUUUUAAAUCAUAAAUGCCACAAAAGUAUCUGACAUUGGCAACAAAAAGCAGAGCUCUAAGUAACUUAAACAACAGCACUGCAUUUAUGUUGUUUGAUUGUUGAGAAAAACUAAUAUGAACUCAAAAUUUUCAUGUUUUUCUUGAGAAAAUAAGUUUGUCUACAUUCCUAGUUAUUUAUAUUUGUAUACCACUUUUCACAAUACACAUAGUUUCAGAGCAGCUUAAUAGAAAAUCAUGCCUUGUUGUCUGAAAGACCCUGUGAACAAGCUGAAGUAACUAUUGCAAGGAACAAACUCCUUCCAAUGUUAUUUAGUGAUGAAAAAAAAAACUUGAGAGGAAUCUGACCUCUGGUUUUACGAUAUAUGUACAUAAUCCAAUAUUAUUUAGCGGUUUGAGCAAAACCGAUUGGUGCACACAAUUUUUAUUUGCCCUCUUCCCCCUGUUGCACUUUGCAUGUAAACUUUACCGGUGUUAUUACCAGCUUAUAAUAUGUGUGCAAAUAUUGUUCUCCAAGCUGUUUACAUUUCGGAGUCAAAAGCAGAUAAUUAUAAGUCUCAUGUAUACGUGGGUUUCUUACAUUUUCGUUUUUUUUGAUGGUUAUGACUCAUAACUUAUGAGCGUUUUGCUGUGCAUGUCACGCUAAGUGUUGGCUGGGAGAGGCGGCUGUUAAACUUACUGCCGCUGUUUCUGCCUCGCAAAUCCACUGAUUUGUACAGUGAUAUAGGCGUAAAUAAAACAUGUUUGAUGUACUGUAGUAUGAGGACAUGACACCGUUGUUUGGCAAAUGUGAAAAGCUGUACUCUACAGUACAAUCUACUUGCCAUUUGCCAUCGAUCUUCGAAAAGUGUGUUGCUCUGUUUUCUUGUGAGCCCUCAACGCCGCCUGUCCGGGGAGGAGACUGUUCCGCAGUUCUCAAUAUUGCACCACUUGAUUUUAAUUACACUAUAAUGUGUUUGUUUAUGUAUCAUACGAUACAUAUGGUAUUGUAUAGUGAGAGUCGUAUUGUACGAUACAAUACGAUACAAUAUUUUUUUUACACCCUUAAUUUUUAAGUGGAUUUACUUAGAUGUUUAGGGUCAUUGUCCUGCUGCAUCACCAAGCUUCUACUGAGCUUCAGUUGGCACACACCUACCCUGACAUUGUCCCGUUGGAUAUCUUGAUAAACGUAGAAAUUAAUUUUUACUUCGACGAUGGCAAGUGGUCCAGGCCGUGAAGCUGCAAAGCAGCCCUAAAUCAUGAUGCUCCCUCUACCGUACUUCACCGUUGGCAUUAUGUUUUCAUGUUGGUAUGCUAUGCUGUGCCCUUUUUAUGCCAUAUGUAGUUGCUGCAUGUUUUCCCCAAACAAUUCAACCUUAGUUUCAUCAGUCUACAAAACAUUUUUUCAGUAGUGUUUUGGACUGUCAAGGUGGUCUUUGGCAAAUGUCAGGUGCGCAGCAAUGUUUUUGUUGGAAACAGCAGCUUUCUUCAUGGUGUCCAGCCAUGAGCUGUCACUCUAAGGUUCUUUUUUUUACCCCAUUGAGCAUUCUGUAGUGUGCCCUUUGAGUCAUCCUGGCUGGACAGACACUUCUAGGGAGAAUAGCCACAGUACUAAAUCGUCUCCAUUUAUAGACAAUUUGUUUAACUGUGGACAGAUGAAUAUUGUAGCUAUUCAAGAUAACUUUGUAACCCUUUCCAACUUUAUGCAAAGCAACAAAUCUUGAUUGAAGGUCUUCUGAGAUCUCUUUUUUGCAAGGCACGGUACACAUCAACAGAUGCUACUUGUGAAUAGCAAACUUAAAAUGUUUGAGUGCUUUUUAUAAGUCAAAGUAGCUCUAACCCACACCUCCAAUCUCAUUUCAUUAAUUGGAUGCCAGGUUUGCCAACUCCUGACUUGAAUACAUUUUUGUUGACAUCAUUAGCCUAGGGGUUCACAUUUUUUCCAACCUACACUGUGAAUUUUUGAAUGAUGUAUUCAGUAUGUACAAGAACAAUACAAUAAUUUGUGUGUUAUUAGUUAAAACAGAUUGUGUUUGUUCAUUAUUGUAACUUAGAUGAAGAUCAAACCAGAUUUUAAUACAGGUUUAUACAUCAUCUUCUGGCUGCCCCCAUUUGGGGUUGGCACAGCAGACCAUCCAUGAUCUGCAUUUUUGCCUUGGCACAGGUUUUACAGCAGAUGUCUUCCUGACACAACCCCCAGUGGCUGGAGGACUCUCACUCACAGAGCAAUUUAGAGUCUCCAAUUCAACUUGUUUUUGGAUCUGGAGGAAACCCAUGUGAACAUGGACACAGAAAGGCCCAGUUAAGCUGGGACUUGAACCCAGGACCUUCUUGCUGUGAGGCAACAGUACUAACCACUGAGCCACCUUGCCACCCUUAAUACAAAUUUAUACAUAAAUACAAGUAAUUCCAAAGGGUUCACAUACUUUUUCUUGCCACUUUUAAUUUCUUUGGCUGUGUCAAUAACAAGGUGUUCGUUACAUGCACAAAAUCAUAGUAACGAUCAAGACGUGAAAUAGGUCACAAAUACACAAAUUCAUAUCGUUUUGUCACAGCUGGCGGCUGUGAAUUGUAAAAACAACAUCAACAGUUGACUUUCAUGAACAAAGCCCUGCCACGUACAUGCUCUUCUCAUCUGUCAUUUCUGCUCUGACCAAAUGUUUUAAGUAUUGAUAUAGUCAAGUCAUUUUAACUUGUAUAGUGCUUUUCACAACACACAUCAUUUCAAAGCAGCUUUACAGAAAAUCAUGCAUUAACAGAAAAUAAAAACUGUAAUAUCUAUAAAGUCUUAGAGUCAUCAUUGUGUAGUUUGAUGAAAUAUGAUUGUAAAUUGUGUAUAAAAAUAAAUAAUUAAAUCAUAAUCGUAU